AUGAAUUCCGCUGUCAUCAUACGAUCACUGAUUCGACAAGCACUCUCUUCCUUUCCCUUCGACGAGCUCGAUCCUAACCUGGCAGUGCCCCUAAUAGGGUAUCUCGAAGAAGUCAAAACCAAUUACUUUUCCAUGGACUCACUCAAGGAACUCUUUUCUAGGGUUUCGUCCCUCUUCGAAGACUGGUUCGUCGUUGUAGACGGAAUCGACGAAUGCCACGAUUCUCAUCAGCGCAUAUUGUAUGACGUCUUUUCCAGACUUCUCAGUGAUGCUGUAAUCUCGCAAAGAAUCAAGGUGUUGCUUUCCGGAAGAGAGACGACUAUCCAAGUCAUCGAUCGAAAUUUUGACUCUGUCACUCGCAUGGUCACCGGGGCCCGAGAGACUAGCAUUGACAUCAUAGCCUUUGCUGAAGAUGAGAUUCUUGAAACCAUUGCGAGCAAAGAAGAAGGGAUGUUUCUAUGGGUUUUCUUGACUAUCCAGGACAUAUGCUCUUGCAAAAGCGACAAGGAUAUUAAGAAUUCCCUGCCAGGCAUUCCUGCAAACCUGCCAGCUACUUUUAACCGUGCCCUGCAGCGUAUUGAGCAGCAGCAUAACCAAGAAAUUGCCACGGAUGUCUUUAGAUGGACAGCUGCUGUACUGAAGCCUCUCUCACUCGCCCAACUUCAAGAGGCUUUAUCUAUCGAGAUCGGGCAGCGCAACAUGGGCCCAGCAAGCUUCAUCAAUGGCAUCGAACGAAUAAACGGCUGGUGUGAGAAUCUGGUCCAUGUUGAGGAAGCAGAUAACACCAUUCAUUUCAGUCACCAUUCGGUACGAGAAUUUCUUCUACGCCCAGAAACUGGCCCAUUGAAAGUGUUUCAUCUGGACCGGGACGAAAUGAACCACCACGUGGGAGAAAUCUGCAUCACGUACCUGGGCCUUGAAAACUUCAGGACGACAGUCACUCAGCGACCACAAACUGAUAGGCACUCCCUUCCCGAACUCCCGCUGGCUGGUAUGGCGGAGCAGGCCGUCAAAACUGGUCUGCGAGACAGUCUAGGGGCCCGCGUUGGACGCCUUGCAAAUCUGGCGGUGAGAUCAAAUGCUCAGUCUGGGAGUCGCCGUCGGAGCCUCAGCCCGGUGCCAACCCUUAUUGUACCCGACAAUAAACCAACCGCUUCUAGCUUCAUGACAUUCCCGUUCCUGGAGUACGCCGCCAUCAACUGGUAUCGUCACAUUACUCAUUUCAGCGAAUCAAAUUCACAAACCUGGGUUACCUUGGGUAGGAUCCUCGUCGAGCCGCAUGUGGAUGUGAGAAUGCCAUGGUUGGAUAGAUCUUGGAGGCUACAAAAGGAUAUUGAUAUGACCCCUCGCCAUUCUUCAUCCCGCCUCAAGGAAUCCUUAACCCGAUUCAUUGACGACACAACUCUUUGGUCACUUGUCACUACCAUUUUCUAUGCUUCCCGCUGUAGCAAUGAUGGUCUCACCUGUCGAGCAAUGCUGCUCUUUGGCGAGAGGGGAGAGGAUCAAAGACUACUCUCCGCAAUGCUUCAUUAUAUGGUCAUCGACAUGAAACACGAUGGGUGCCUUAACAGAUGCAUACCAAGAGUACAGAAGCGUUUGAAUCAUCAGACACUGGUGGCGUACAUGACGAAGUGCAUAGCGGAUGGUGCGAGAUAUUGGGUGCGCUUUGAAGAUGACGACAAUCACGAGUGUGAUUGUUCAGAAAUCCAAAAGGGGCUUGGUAUUCAUGCAGAGGUCUGUGAGAUCCUGUAUACAAGCCACAAUAUCCUGCCGCACAGUGUGCUGAGAGUAUUUGCCUACAUCUCCGCCCGGGGAACAAACGACAUGACUUUCUUAGAGGCUUGCGCAUCCUGCGAUGCUGAUCCACAACUCGUAUCAAUGGCGAAGACGCCUUUUAGGAAGAAAAGCGUCAUCGACCUCGCCGCAGAAGGUGAUGGUUUUGCGCUGAUCCAGUCCUUCUUCCAGUGGUUGGAUGACACAAUGGAGACAGACAUAACAGAAGCGACGGUCCGAAGCAUGCUGUUCAAUGGGCUAUUGACUGCCCUUGCACCUGUUCGACGGAUUCUCUUCUGA